AUGGCUGGAACGUAUUACGGGCACACUGGAGGUGGAUCCAAUUUCAUCUGUUUGCCAAUGCAUCCGCAAUAUGACAAAUACAGGAGUGGAGUCCAGGGUCAAAGCUACCUAUAUGGUUCAGAGUUGCAGACCGAUACUGGUUACUUCGCACCGUUUGGUGGCCUUUUCAAUCAGAACCCUUCCUGUGCUGUAUGUCACGUGACGGGAAGAUCAUCCCAGAUCAUGAUUCCUGGUCACAUGACCUGUCCGCCAUCAUGGAGUCGGGAAUACCAUGGUUACCUGAUGAGCACGCACAUAUCCAACAAGGGUCGUAAGGAGUUUAUCUGUGUUGAUGGCAAUCCUGAUGUGUUGCGUGGUCAGAGUGCAGACAUUGAUGGAGCUUCGCUGUACUUUGUAGAGGUCAAGUGUGGCGUUGGACUGGACUGUCCACCAUUCGAGGCAGUGAAGGAAUUGACAUGUGUGGUUUGUUCUAGGUAA